CAAAUCGAAGAUGGAGAAUUUUCGGUCGCAGUUUCGCUUAUGAAAUUCAGCCAAAACUCGCUUCACUGACAUGAGGAUGACUUGUGUGAGUGGAGGAGGUGGUGAAGGUGACCAAGGAAGGAGGAGGCGUCUGUCCUGAUGGGAGGAGUGCUGGCUAAGAGGCAGGGGGCAAGUGGUAGUGGCGGCGGGCCAGGUCCCAGGGGCCGCAGAGGACUACCACUGCGCCACCGACACAGCUUCUCAGAGCAAUUCAGCAUUGUGGACAUCGCGACAAACUUGACCCAUCGCUUCUCUGUUUUAAGUGGCCUUUCUGUCAUCUCCUUUGUCUCUGCACCAGCCAAUGAGUCCAACCGGCGACCAUGGUCCAGAGUAUCAAGGAAAAGAUGGCACCAGUCAACUCUUGAGAAUGAAUAUGCACACAGCAAAACAGUGUGGCCAGUAGCUCAGACUGAAGCUCUCUUCUUACCAGAGUUUCCUGUAGGCAUCGAGGAAAAACUGAAAUUAAUUUUCCUUGGUGAAAUUAGCAGAGGGGCAUUUGGGCAAGUAUUCCAUGUGAAAUGUGCAACAUCCAACAAAGAAUAUGCGAUGAAAGUACUAUCAAAAUCACAGGUGUGCAGUCUAGAUGCAGUGGGUCAGGUGAAGCAAGAAGUAAUGAUCCAGCAUGUUUGUAGUCAUCACCCAUUCAUCACUCCUCUCAUACAUUUCUGGCAGACCCGCAAGCUUCUUCUUGUCAUGACAGAAUUUGUUGGAUAUGGUGAACUGCAGCAGCUGUGGAGAUCUCUAGGCCGCCUACCAGAAAACCUUGUCAAGAUCUAUUUAGCACAGAUUGCACUUGCACUUGAUUUCCUACACAAUGCUGGGAUAAUCUACCGAGACCUCAAAAUGGAGAAUAUUCUUUUAGAUGCUGAUGGUCAUAUCAAAAUCAUAGACUUUGGUCUGGCUAAAUGGCUUAGUUAUGGUGGAAGAACAACCACAAUCUGUGGUACUCUGCAAUUCAUGGCACCAGAAGUGUUACGAGGAGAAGAGUACAAUCACAGCGUAGAUUGGUGGUCACUUGGCAUCAUCACAUAUAGUCUCUUAGCUGGACAGUAUCCUGUGAGUGGCUUUGAUGAUCAUCUAACAAUGAACUUGGCUGUAUCAAAGUUUGAGUAUGAGCCUCCAGACUGCGCAUCUAAUGCUAUGAGGUCAGUAAUUAGUAGUCUCCUUCGUCGUGACCCCAUGGCUCGACUUCACUCCUUUUAUCAACUGCAGCGUGAAGAGCUCUUCCAAAACUUUGAUUUUGACGAAGUAAAGGAGAAAAAAAUUUCCCCAAGGAAAAUACUAGAGGAGUAUAUUGAAAGUAAAACUAGGAGAAGCUUCCACGAAUUUGGGGGUCUGACAAGUACACCCAAAAGAGUGGUUGUGGGUAUGAAUGACGUAAUGAAUAUUAGCCAGCACUCUACACAGAAUUCACCACUUCCUUCCCUCUUGAAGCCACCUAACAAAGACCAAAGUUGCUGGCGACCAGGCCAGCGUUCAGCUAGUUCCCCUUUACUUCAUCCUGGCAGACUAGGUCACCAUGACUCUUUGGUUAAAAGUGUAUCAGCUGGUGGUCACAAUGGUGCUGCUGUUCCCCUACUCCAAAGUCCCCUUUUAAGGCUAGCUCGGGGUCAGGGCGGACCCCCUCCACGUCGGGUACGUUCUCAAGGAGCAGUAAGUGCCAGUGCCCUACCAACAGCAGUAUCCCCUUUACUCGUCAAUGUGCGGGGACAGAGAAGACCACGAUGGACAGCGUGGGAGGAUGAAGAGCAUUUUGGAGCUUCAGCUCCAGUAGAUAAUGUUGCCUCCAGUGUUAUUAGUGGAAUGAAUGGUGUGUACAAGAAGUGUGCUAGCGACGAGUUUCUUAGUGCUCAGAGGAAACUUAAGGAAGGCCAGGUAGCUUUGCCACGAUCUCGUACCAGCAACAGUGCAGCUCACAAGUCUCAGCCCGAUAGCGCACAGUUGACAGAAACAUUUCUUGAACAGUGUGAAAAUUUGAAAGAGGAAUUUUUCUGUGAUUUGGUUACAAGUACACCAAAGAAAAGUAGUUUCAAUAGUACUGGGAAUCUGCGUCAUAGCUAUCAUCAAGCUGUGAAUUCUGAAAGGCAGAUUGGUAAAAACAAUUUUAUUAAUGGUGCUUUGCUAUCCAAUAAUAAUAAUUUUAGUCCACUUGAUGAAAAUGACUUUGAUGAGACAUUUGAUAAUUUUCCAUGGAUAAGCGAGUCAUUAGAUCCGUAGGUUUAACAGACUUCCUGAAAGUUCAAGAAAUAGUUAAAUAUUUUCACCCAUUAUGUACAAUGGAAAAGUAAUAUUAUGUAUCAUUGAUGGAUAAUUCAUGUGCCAUACUUUGAAGUUAUUUUAUGUGUUUUGUGUGUAUAUAUAUUUAUAUAUAUAUACUGUAUAUACUAUAUACUGUAUAUAUAUACUAAUAUAUGUAUAUAAACAUUUCCAUACAGCUUAUAUAUAAUUCUGAAAUUAAAAGAAAAAGUUGGACAUAAGAUAAAUGGUUUAACUAAAGGAUACAAAAGACAGCCAAAUCUCACUUAUUCAUUCAUCAAGGAUGCAUACAGGUCAUCUAUACAUUUUAUUGAGUGUCACUUGUACUAGAAACUUAAAAGGGUGUCUUUAUUUUCCCUUGCAAAUUCAGAGCUGCAAGUACAAUUGGCAAAUGAAACAGUCAUACCCUUAAACAUUUCCUAUUCUUUAGAUGGGUAGCAGCAUAUUACAGUACAGUACUUUGAUUACAUCUAUAAUUUGCUUUGGGGCUGCACAAAGAGCAUUGUUGCUCAUUCCAGAUGUACAAUAAAUAUAAUUGGCAAUUAAUUGGUAAAUAAGCUGUUUCAGGUUGUAGAUUCAAAGUUAAAGCACAGGUAUUGUUGUGAUAAGUAACUCGGCAAUUGAUCAUUCAUCAAAUCAUUGGGGAUGACAUUGUAGAUGAAAGAAGGUGAAAUUUAUUUUCUGUGGUCAGUAUUGUACAUCAUAUAUCAGAAGAUGACAUUGAUAACCUAAUGUCUGGCUUUGUUGGCUCAUAUAUACCAUCCAAAGUCUAAGGGCUUAAAACCCAAGCCUCUCAACAUUAGUGGCAGGAACUAGCUGAAUAAUUAUUUCAGUACCUCCGUGUUGCAACUAAUAUCCCUUAAACCAUUCACUGAAGCAAAAAAUCCUGUCGUAUACAAGAUGACAGAUAAAGGAAUGAAAAUUUUGUUUUUUGUUUUUGGGUAAAUUGGUAUAAACAAUGUACUGUACUGUAUUCACCAUGACCAUAACUCCAAGGAAUUCCCCCUUGAUGUCAUGGAAUUUUUGUCAGACAUGCGGUGUAACAUGUUGCCAUUGAAUAUCUAUUUUUCAAUUUGUCAAUAUUGCUCAUUUUCAAUUUUCUCUAACAUAUAUUUUCAUUAUUGUGCAUCUGGUCAUAUACUCUUUGACCAGUAAAAAAUUGUGCUUUUACACUCGUGAAUAUUUUAUAGAUAAUUUAUGUCAUAAAAAAGAAUAAUAUUUUUAGUUACAACAGCCUCAGGUUAUUUUGCAAGAUAAGGACCAAGAAUGUUUGUGAAUUGAAAAAAAAAAUAAUGUGAAAAAUGUAAAAUUCAUGGACUCCAAUACAAAAUAAGGCCUUAGGGACCAGAGGCCCAAAAUAUUCACCAAACAAUGCUUAAAAGGUUUACUAACUUAAUAAACACAACCAAGAAAUUAAAAAAAAAAAUUGGCGCACCAA